AUGUCCUUGGAGGAAAUGAAAGAUCUCCACCUGGAGGAGAAAUACCUGCAACCAGAAACCAAAGAAGUGAAUGGAAUCCUCUUGACCAAGAUCAUAAGUGAUAAUUGGGACAAAAUCUGGAAUUUCCAAGCAAAGCCUGAUGAUCUGCUCAUUGCAACGUAUCCAAAGGCAGGCACAACCUGGACCCAGGAGAUGGUGGACAUGAUUCAGAAUGACGGGGACGUGCAGCAGUGCCAGCGGGCCAGCACCUUCGACCGGCAUCCUUUCAUUGAGUGGGCCUUACCCCCACCCCUCAACUCAGGUCUGGACCUGGCCAACAAGAUGCCUUCUCCGAGGACGCUGAAGACUCACCUGCCUGUUCAGAUACUCCCCCCUUCCUUCUGGAAAGAAAAUGCAAAGAUCAUCUAUGUGGCCAGAAACCCCAAGGACUGUCUGGUGUCCUAUUACCAUUUCUCCAGAAUGAAUAAGAUGGUGCCAGACCCUGGUCCCUGGGAGGAAUAUGUUGAGAUAUUCAAAGCUGGGAAAGUGCUGUGGGGCUCCUGGCACGAUCACGUGAAGGGGUGGUGGGACGCCAAGGACCGGCACCGCAUCCUCUACCUCUUCUACGAGGACAUGAAGGAGGAUCCAAAACGGGAAAUUCAGAAGAUACUGAAGUUCCUGGAAAAAGAUGUAUCAGAGGACGUUCUGAAUAAAAUCGUCUAUCACACCUCCUUCGAUAUAAUGAAGCAAAACCCGAUGGCCAACUACACCACGCUGCCCACCAGCAUCCUGGACCACUCCAUCUCCCCCUUCAUGAGGAGGGGGAUGCCUGGGGACUGGAAGAACUACUUCACAGUGGCUCAGAACGAGGACUUCGACAAGGACUACGAGAGGAAGAUGGCCGGGAGCACCCUGACCUUUCGCACGGCCAUCUAAGCAACAGGGAGCCGGCAGCGCCCCUCGCUAGACUUUAGACGUUUGAGUCUCGUGAUCAGGACACUGAAAACCAUGAA